AUGUGGUCCCCGAAACAGCUUGCUUCGACUAUCCUUCUGGUCCUUCUCGCGCUGCAGAUCCAUCAGCACGUGCUCGGUACUGAUCUCGUCUUUGCUCGACCCGUCGAAGCCAACAAGACGAAUCCCACCCUAGAUGACCUUCUCACUCAGUCUGAGACCAUCUCGCGUUGCGGUGAAGAGGUCAAAGAUCCCCCCAUCCAUUCGGAAAGCGUCCUGCAGGCUCUCAGUGUUCUGAACAGCCAGCAGGACAUUCAGCCCUCCCAGCCUGUUAGGAUUAUCUCUCAUCCCGGAAAAGAUCCUGUCAAGCAGGAUUCCGAGAAUGAUCACAGCGAUAAAGGGCCUAUCCAGGCUCGCAACGAUCAAGGUCCGACGAACGAGGAGGGUGCCAAGCACAAGAGCACCGAAGCCCUCGAAUCGACGCUGCAAGCCCUUCAAGUCCCUCGAACUCGCUUCUGUGCUCAGCCUGAUAACACCAACCACACUAUGGACGAGAUUGCCGAGACCCUGGUCAAGAAGGAGCGCAAGCGUCUGGCCCAUAUUCGCCAGGAGCGCCUUUCCAGUGCCUCGGCCAAUCAUAUCGAAUUUCCCUUCCUGACCGACGCCGAUAUCAUCGCUGAAGCGACCAAGACGGUUCAAGUGGUGUGGCACGUCAUCCACUCGGGCUCGACCGGAAACCUCUCGCGCGCCACGAUCAAUGCUCAGAUGGACUCGUUCAGCUCGGACUAUAAGUCCUUCGGCUUCACCUUCAAUCUCAACGCCACGGAUCGAGUCAACAACGCGCAGUGGUUCCGUAACGUAGCUCCCGACAACGCUCAGCAGACAGCUAUGAAAGCCGCGCUUCGACAGGGCGACGCAAAGGUGCUCAACCUCUACAGCGUCGAUUUCUCCAACGGUCUGUUGGGAUACAGCACCUUCCCCUGGAUGGUUCAAAACAAUCUCCUUGACGACGGCGUGGUGUUUCAGUACAGCAGCGUGCCAGGUGGAAGCGAGACGGGGUACAACUUGGGCAAGACGUUGACGCACGAAGUGGGGCAUUGGUUGGGCCUGUAUCACGUUUUUCAGGGUGGAUGCUCCGCACCUGGUGAUUAUGUCGAUGAUACUCCGCCGCAGAGCAUAGCUACCAGUGGAUGUCCGACCGGUCAGGAUAGCUGCAGAGGCGGAGGUGUCGACUCGAUCCACAACUACUCGACCGAUGCUUGCCUCACAGAGUUCACCGAGGGACAAGCCGUUCGCAUGGCCGCACUCACCGCAGAAUAUCGCGGUCUGUAG